GUUCUGAUUGAGCAUGUAUUAUUAAUACCUUAUAUACAAUAGUCACUGUUCUAUAGUUCUGAUUGCUAGUCACGGGUAUACGUUUACAAGCUUGAAAUGUCACCCCACUGCAUGUGCCGAGUAUUAUAAAGCCAGCAACAGUCACACUUAGUUCACAACUCUUCUCUGCACUAACAGGAAUUAAGAUGAAGACCAUUGUUGGAUUUGCUCUACUGCUCUGUGUGGCUACAGCUGUUGGAAAACCAGCAAGGCCACAAGACCUUCCAAAGUGUCUUAAAGAAGCAUGGCUUGAAUUUAAAGCCAAAGAUGAAGCUUGCUCCAACAAGAUAGUGGAAAUCUUUAAAAAUCAACAGGUCAAUGACAGCCAGUUUGCAUCUAUGUGUGCCAGUGCUUGUGCCAAAGAAGCCAAUGACUACAUGAACGGCAAAUGUGGAAUGUCCCUUGCAGAAAUACUUUGUUCUAAAGACCCAAAAGACCAGCAGCACUGCUUCAAAUAUAGUACAACUGUCACUACUGGUUAUCAAGUUGGCCUAGUUCUGAUUGAGACCUGUGCCAACAAAGACUGCAGUGAUCCCACAUGCAAUGCUGCCAUCAAAAAUUUAACUUGCUGUGCUAAGGAAUAUUAUGAUUUCUAUUAUGACAUCACUGGUCUCCAUGUUUGGCCACUACCCGGUAACUGUGCAUUUCCGGGAGGGUGUGUCAAAACAGAACGUCUGGACAUCACAAAGAUUCUCCUACAGAACUAGUAGCUAUAUGUACCACAUUGUUGACUGCAUAGAACUCAGGACAUGUGUUAGUCUAGUAAUUAUGUAUUAUGCAAAUUAUUGAACACACAAACUAUUAUCAGGACAUGACAAA